AUGGAACCUGAUUUGUGCAAAGCAACCCGUAUUACUCAAGGAGGUCACGAUAUUGCAUCAUACUUUGCCAAGCUCAAGAGCAUUUGGUUGGAACUAGACCAUUGUCGUCUAAUCAACAUGAAGUGCCCUGAUGAUGUGAAGAUUCGACAGGCUGAGAUACAGAAAGACUCGCACGCUAAGAAAAAUAAUGGAUGUAGCAGUGUAACUGCUGUCGUCGGUGGUGGCCAGUCUUUUGUCUGCCCGGUCCCCGACCAGUCGUUUGUCAGCCCAGUCACCAACACUACCUUGAGUAUCUCAACUUCACACAUGACAGCUCCUUCAGUUGAUGAUUCUCUUACUGUUUUCUCUUAG